CUCAGCUGGCGCUGCCUGGAGACGCGGCAUUGGCAAUGUACUGAACAAUAAGGCUGGGGUCAAAAAAAAACACACACACACAACUCUCGGACUACAGCAUGGCCGAAUAUGUAUGAUUAUUUAUUUGUAAUAAAAUUAUAAGACGGGCCGACUCAUGUCAAGAAGGAGCAGCAUGGCAGGAUAAGAGGAGACGCCGCCGCACGAGCUACCUGUUUAAGCCGAUCAAAAGGAGGACGCACGCGCGCGCUGAUUCAUUGGGGUUUUUCUUUCAUCAUGACGACCGGACAGGAUGAAAGUUCAGUUCGAGUCGCUUUGAGGAUCCGUCCUCAGCUGGCGAAAGAGAAGAUUGAAGGAUGCCACAUUUGCACAUUUGUGACCCCUGGAGAGCCCCAGGUGAUCCUGGGAAAGGAUAAGGCCUUCACCUAUGACUAUGUGUUUGACAUGGACUCCCAGCAGGAUGCUAUCUACAGCAACUGCACGGAAAAGCUCAUUGAAGGCUGCUUCGAGGGCUAUAAUGCUACGAUCUUCGCGUACGGUCAGACCGGCUCAGGGAAGACAUACACCAUGGGAACGGGUUUCGACGUGAACGUCAGCGAAGAUGAGCAUGGAAUUAUCCCACGGGCGGUGAGCCAUCUCUUCAGGGGCAUCGAGGAGAGGAAGCAAGCUGCAAUGGAGCAGGGUCGCCCUGUGCCUGAAUUUAAGAUCAACGCCCAGUUCUUAGAGUUGUAUAACGAGGAAGUGCUGGAUCUGUUUGACACUACACGGGAUUUGGAAGCCAGAAAGCAGAAAUCAAACAUUAAGAUCCAUGAGGAUGCUAACGGAGGGAUCUACACAGUGGGAGUCACCACACGCACAGUCUCCACUGAAGCUGAGAUGAUGCAGUGUUUGAAGUUAGGCGCUCUUUCCCGCACCACCGCCAGCACCCAGAUGAAUGUCCAGAGCUCACGCUCCCAUGCCAUCUUCACCAUUCACCUGUGCCAAGUCCGUGUCUGUGACUCUAGCAGUAACAAUGAGACAGACAACAGGCUGGCCAAUGGCUCCUCAGAAAUGAACGAGUUUGAAACCCUCACUGCCAAGUUUCACUUUGUGGAUUUGGCCGGAUCGGAGCGGCUAAAGAGAACAGGAGCGACGGGGGACAGAGCUAAAGAGGGCAUCUCGAUCAACUGUGGACUGCUAGCUCUGGGCAAUGUCAUCAGUGCUCUGGGAGACAAAAGCAAGCGGUCCACACAUGUGCCAUAUCGUGACUCGAAGCUCACACGUCUCCUGCAGGACUCUUUGGGCGGGAACAGUCAGACAGUGAUGAUAGCCUGUAUCAGCCCCUCGGAUCGCGACUUCAUGGAAACACUGAACACUCUAAAGUAUGCUAACCGGGCACGUAACAUCAAGAACAAGGUUAUGGUGAAUCAGGACCGAGCCAGCCAGCAGAUCAGUGCUCUUCGAACUGAGAUUGCACGGCUGCAGAUGGAGCUCAUGGAGUACAGGACGGGUAAACGCAUGAUUGGAGAGGACGGCCUGGAAAGCGUUAACGAUAUGGUUCACGAGAACACCAUGCUACAGACGGAGAACAAGAACCUGCGUAUACGUGUCAAGGCCAUGCAGGAGACCAUCGAUGCUCAGAGAGCUCGGCUAACACAGCUAUUAACUGAGCAGGCCAGCCAGGUCCUAGGUAAAGCAGGUGAAGGAAAUGAGGAAAUUGGCAACAUGAUCCAGAAUUAUAUCAAAGAAAUUGAGGAGCUCAGGGCCAAGCUCUUAGAGAGUGAGGCAGUCAGUGAAAGCUUGCGUAAGAAUCUUUCCCGUGCUGCCACACGCUCCUCUCUAUACGGAGGAAGCACCUCGUUCUCUACCACUCUCACUGGCCAAGAGCAAGAGGCAUCAGACAUAAUCGAGCUUGCCAAGAAGAACCUGGAGAAACUCAAGAAAAAAGAGAAGAAAAAAAAGAAGAGACUACAGCAGAUGGCAAAAUGUGCCUGUGACGAGCCUGAGGAUGACAGUGUUAUUAAAGAGGAAGGGCCUGACAAUGACCAGGACAAAGAGCCCUCAGACAGAACCAGUGAAGAGCAAGAGGCAGAAGGAAGCGAUCAUGAGGAGGGAGAUGAUUGUGAGGGAGAGGAAGACGAGGACGAUAUGGAGGCAGACGAGAGCUCAGAGGAGUCAGAUUUGGAGCAGGAUGAAAAAGACAGUGUUCAAGAAGACCUGGCCAACAUUACUUGUGAGAUUGCCAUUAAGCAGAAGCUGAUUGAUGAACUGGAGAACAGUCAGCGGCGUCUCCACACACUGAAACAGCAGUACGAGCAGAAACUCAUGAUGCUGCAGAACAAGAUCCGAGACACUCAGCUGGAGAGAGAUCGGGUGCUACAUAGCAUGGGUUCAGUAGAGGCAGGCACAGAGGAAAAGGCGAAGAAGAUCAAGGCCGAGUAUGAAAAAAAGUUGAGCUCAAUGAAUAAGGAGCUGCAGAAACUGCAGUCGGCUCAGAAGGAGCAUGCACGACUGCUAAAGAACCAGUCACAGUAUGAAAAACAGCUCAAGAAGCUCCAACAGGAUGUUUCUGAGAUGAAGAAGACAAAGGUUUGCCUAAUGAAGCAAAUGAAGGAGCAGCAGGAGAGGAGCCGUGGCUUAGAAACCCGUCGCAACCGUGAAAUCGCUACACUCAAGAAGGACCAACGCAGACAGGAGCACCUGCUACGGCAGCUGGAGGCUCAGAAGAGACAGCAGGAGAUCAUUCUGAAAAGGAGAACAGAAGAGGUGACUGCUUUAAGGAGGCAGGUUCGACCCGCCUCCGGAAAGGUGAGCCGGAAGAUCAGCUUGCCUGAACCUUUACAGGAGCCUGCUGCACGUCCUGGACCCCUCCGUACACAUACUGCUGGAAGUAGUAGUGCACCUAACGGAACUAGGAAAUACCAAAUGCGGUCAGGGGCUUUGGUGUCCUCUACCAAAACAGCACGGGCCAAAUGUCAGUCUUUGGAGCGCCGUGUCAGUGACAUCAUCAUGCAAAGGAUGACCAUCUCCAACAUGGAGGCAGAUAUGAACCGUCUCCUCAAGCAACGGGAAGAGCUGACCAAGCGCAAAGAGAAAGUGUUAAGGAAAAGGGAUAAGACCGUAACAGAGGGCAGUGAUACGGACAGGACAGUCCAGUCUCUCAAUGAGGAGAUGGAGUCUCUCACAGCCAACAUUGACUACAUCAAUGACAGCAUCGCUGACUGCCAAGCUAACAUCAUGCAAAUGGAAGAAGCUAAGGAGGAGGGUGACACAGUAGAUGUCUCCGCAGUGAUCAGCUCCUGCACUUUGUCAGAGGCCCGCUUCCUCCUUGACCAUUUCCUCUCUUUGGCCAUCAAUAAGGGCCUGCAGGCAGCACAGAAAGAGUCUCAGAUCAAAGUAAUGGAGGGCCGACUGAAGCAGACAGAGAUCAACAGCGCUACUCAGAAUCAACUUCUCUUCCACAUGCUAAAGGAAAAAGCCGAGCUCAACCCAGAGCUCGAUGCUCUACUCGGGAACGCUCUGCAAGAGCUAGGUAAUACAGCAGCUGAGAAUGGUGAGGAGAGCAGCAGUGAUGAAUCUGAUCGGAGUCCAGCUACUGAGGGGAGCUCUUUGGCCUCAGACCUUCUGAAGUUGUGUGCAGAGUCCAAGCCCAGAAAUAAGGCUCGAAGAAGAACCACCACCCAGAUGGAGCUACUGUAUGCUAACAGCGCUGACCCUGAUGCCCCUCUGGACGAUUUCUCAACUCCUCUCCUAUCCAUUCCUGAAAGCUCGGAGAGCAUUGUUCCCCUAGUGUCCCCUUUGUUGGACAGAGACCUGGCCACAAAUUUAUCAUCCAGAACAAGCAUUAUGUCUGAUGUCAGGUCUCCUACAGCGAUGGAGAAGAGGUCAAUAGAACGCUCGCCUCUAACACGCAGGUCACAUCAGGAAAGGAGUCAGAUGUCCACGGACAAGCCCAAGAGUCAAGACAUAAAACAAUUUGAUGACCCUGUAGUUUUUGAGGCUCAAAGAGGAGUGAUCAACCCUGUGUCAUGCCCUAAAGGCAGCCGAGCAGCCAAGCUGCAGUGUUUGUAUGCCGCAGAGGGACACACCAAAGCCCUGAUGUGUGUGGAUUCCACUGAUGAUCUUCUCUUUACUGGCUCAAAGGAUCGAACGUGUAAGGUGUGGAACCUGGUUACAGGACAGGAAAUCAUGUCUCUCGGUGAUCACCCCAGCAGUGUGCUGUCUGUCAGGUACUGCUCCAGCCUCGUCUUCACCGUCUCCACCACAUACAUCAAAGUGUGGGACAUCAGAGAUUCAGCCAAGUGCAUCCGUACACUCACAUCGUCUGGUCAAGUGUCUCAGGGAGAUAGCUGUGCUAAUUUGGGCAAUCGAGCUGUCGCUAUCCCUCCUGGUGAGAACCAAAUCAACCAGAUUGCCCUGAAUCCUUCUGGAACUUUCCUGUAUGCUGCAGCAGGCAACUCAGUGAGGAUGUGGGAUCUGAGGAGGUUUGUUUCAACUGGGAAACUGACAGGUCAUCUGGGGCCAGUAAUGUGUCUCGCAGUGGACCAGCUGGGAAAUGGUCAAGAUGUGGUCAUAACAGGCUCCAAAGACCACAGCCUGAAGUUGUUUGAUGUCUUGGAAGGAGCUCAAGGAAGCAUUCCUUCUACUCAUACCUUUGAGCCAGCUCAUCAGGAUGGCCUGGAGGCCCUGAGCAUUCUGGGAGACUCUGUGUACAGCGCAGCCAGGGACCACUGCAUAAGAAGAUGGGACCUGUCUAGCAAACAGCUCAAACAGCAGGUUGACAGGGCACACUCUGACUGGGUGAGCGCUCUGGCAGUGGUGCCAGAUUCCAGGACUUUACUGAGUGUGUGCAGAGGAGGUCUGCUGAAGCUGUGGCACGCAGACACACUAAGACCUCUAGGGGAAAUGAGAGGACAUGACUGUGCCAUCAACGGCAUCUCCACCAACAGCACUCAUCUAUUCACUGCCUCAGAAGAUCGGACAGUGAGGAUCUGGCAAGUUAAAGGCUCUCUGGAUGAUGGGCUUUACUGAUCCAAAUGCCUGAUGUGACCAGGAAACAGAGCAGAUUAUUUGGACAAAGAAAUCCAGCACUCUUUUCUGGCUGUUUUGUGUCUUCACUCGGUGGAACGUACGUGCUUUCCGUGUGUGCUUCUUUAACUGAAAGAGAAGCAAGCUGAUCAAUGUACCUCUGAAAGUGGCCUGUUCCUGAGCGCAGUCAGCAGUUCUCUUAUGAAUUUAGGUCACAUGCUCAUUGCUGGCUGGGGCAAAACCAAAGCUGGGCUUUGGCUCUGUAAGAUCAGUAAAACUGACUGAAACAUUGUGAAGACGUAUUUAAGCGUUUUUGAAUGUGUGUGAUUGGAUGCUGGCUGAACGGGACCAACAUGCUCUUAAAUUAAACCUUCAUUAUACCUCGA